AGGCCCGUUUUAUAUGCAUCAUGGAUAAAAAACGUGACCUCUAACAGUCUUAAACCAAGCUUUAGAGUGCAAUUUAUUUAUCCUGCUGAAGGCAAUGAACCCGUGUCAAAUACGAAACAUACACGCUUGUUCAAUAACUGUUGACGGAACAUGGUGUUAUGAUAAGCACAUACAAUGGGGCUACAUGUAUCAUAUUGAAACUGAUGGUAUAUUUGAGUUGGAAAAUUGGCAAUCAAGCAUAAAAUGAUCAAUUGAAAAUCAUGAAGAUCGAAUAACUCCAGCAAUAUUGUUUGUUAAAAUGGACUCAUUGCCCAUGGCAAUUCAUUGCGAAUAUUCUGAUGAGAGACAAUGUUUGUGCUAAUAGUCUGACUUCCUAUAAUUUGCAGCAGAAACAAAUAGGCUUUAGGAACCACGCAUCAGUAACCGGUAUGCUUACUUGAAGGUGUUCCAAGCUGAAGUAUUGAAACCAAACAUCCUUGUCGAGUUUCAAUGGAAAGACCCGCUCAUGCUUCAGUGAGCACGAAGAUCCAUUGUUCUGCAUGCUGUUUUCAUUAAGUACAUUCUUAAUUGUGAUUAUAGAUAUUUAUGCUUCUUUUUUCUAUUACCGCUUCAGUCGUCGUUUUCUCCAAGAAAGAUGACCUGGAGAUGCAAAGGCCUUGUUGGUGGCCUUGCACUCGUUGUCAUUUUUCUGCAACCAGCUAACUUGCAGCCUAUAACUGCAUUUCUGGACAUUUUGCCACAGAUGUUAGUGACUUUCAAAGGUCAACCCAUCUCGUUCUACAGUUUUGAUAAACCGUCAUUUAAAGGUCAUCCAUUGAUACAAGUUCCCCAACUCUAUUCACAUUUGAAUGCAACCGAGCGAAAAAGAGCUGCUCUCUAUCUUUAUUACAUCGUAGCUGGAUUUUGUUUGAAGGAAAUGAUAAUACCAUGCAUUCCAGACGAUGCUUUGGACCUUGCCGACAGAGUUUUAACAGGCGAUAAAGACUGCUCGUUUACAUGCGGAAAAAAGAAAACCAAAUCUGGAUUUCCAAAGCUCCCACCCACUCUUGGAAAACUUGCAGUAACUAUUGCUUGUAAGUGGUAUCCACUUCUGGAUUCACCAGACCAAGUCAUUUCCUUAACGAAGCUGGGGCAGUCAUUGACUCCAGACCCAGCCGAAGCUGGCGAGGAGUUAAAGUACUUUACACUGUUCCAAAUGGACCUUAUUGUCAGACAUGCUAUCCAUUUAGCGGUGGUCGGAAUUCAGAAUAUGACAGACUCAGAAAUUAAAUCAACAUUCAAAUCAGAUGCAUACAAGGUAAUGGGACAGUUGGAUGGGUUGCGUAAAAAGAAAGAGAAAGGCGGGGCUAGCUGAAUUGAUCAGGGCAUUCGUAUUUAGUUGUCAGUUGUAACAGCUUCACACCCUUUUGCAGUAAGAAAGAAGCAAAACUGACUGCUUGAGGGAUUUCAAAAAGACUGCUAAGCAUGACCACAUAGGCAAAUUAGCGGAUGGGAAGAACUAUGUUUGGAGGACAAUAGGUAGUCAAAGCUACUUUUUUCCGACACUCUUUGGAGUAUCAGAGACGGCGGCGAGAAAUUGGACUUUGGGGGAAAUUGAACUAAAUAACAAUAAAAAUAUUUAAAAAGACGGUCAAAAAUCUUAUCUUUCAAAAGGUGAAGGGGUUCAGCCCCCCAGUGGCACCUGCCUGCGCAUAACAUCGGAUAAUGACCAAGAGUAAGCUGAAAUUUUAUAUCCAGUUGUGGAUCGAAAGUAACAUGAGAGGAAGAAAAAUGCGUUUGAUUUGUUAUCCACUCAAUUCGCAUAACCUUUGUGCAAGCAAGAACAAUGGAGCGGAAUUAUCAAGAACAUCGAAGCAUUAGGUAGCUGGACAUCACGUAACUAAGUUGAAUAUAAAAUUAGUGGUAUAACUCCAAAAAGAUUCCUCCUUUCGGAAAUUCUUCGUUCCCCGAAUUCCCGUUCCCCUGUUCCUUCUUUGCGAUUUUGCGACUCAUGAAAAUACAAACCACAGUGAAUUUCUCAAGACAACUGCCGCUAAGCAAAGCAUGCCAGUUGCGCAAUACCUCUAUUGAUCUUUUGAAUUACCUCUAGCACUCACCACACUACUGCAUUCUCUUGUCAGUCGAUGAACUGUUGCAGUUUGUAGGAAGCACAGCGUUGAUAUGGCACAGUCAUUUUCUUUAAAGUUAAUUGACAUUUCUGGUGUGAAUGAAGAUCCGUUUAAGCUCAAGGAAGUUGCAUCAUUGAUCAAGCAAGAAUGCAUGACUACCGGGUUUUUCUUACUCAAAAUGCCAGAUGGUAUCAAGCAGUUUAUACCAUCAGUGAUCGAGGCAGCAAAACAGUUUUUCAAGUUGCCAUCAAACGAAAAGCAGAAGUUAAUCAAUUCAGUUUUGACGCAGAUGAAAGUAAACGGUCAGAGCAUUCCUGGAACUGGCAGUGGCUACAGAGGGGUGUCUGAAGACGCAAAUUUCAAAUCAGAUACACGAGAGAGUUAUAAUAUGGGUCCAGAUAUAACAAUAAGUGCAGUUACUUCGAAAGGGUAUUCAGGUAGUGGAAUGACCCCAUGGCCCGAGGAAGGUCUGCUUCCUGGUUGGAAGAAAAUCAUGCAGGAUUACACCAAUGAAGUUCUCAGCACAGUUGUUCCAUCAUUAAGAAAAGUAUUCGCCGUAUCACUAGGACUAGACGAAAAUUAUUUUGAACAGCCUGGGUAUUUUGACAUGCCAACGUGGUUAUUAGGCCUCACUUAUUACUUUCCAGAGAGAUCAGACGCAUCGUUGGAAAUCUAUGGCAUUAGGCCACAUUGUGACUCAGGAAUGUUUACCCUUUUGAUUGGUGACGGAAAGCCUGGUCUUCAGGUCUGUUUGGACAAGUCAGUGGAUGUAGGCAAAAGAGUGUGGCUCGAUGUUCAAAUUCCACCACAGGGUUACUUUGUCGUUAACAUUGGUCAGGUCCUUGAACGCUGGAGUGGUGGCUCAUACAAAGCAACGAUGCACAGGGUGAUGCUUGACGGAACGACAGACAGACUUUCUAUUCCAUUCUUUUAUGAUCCGAAUAUAGACCUCAAAAUCAUUCCCCUUGUUGCGUCCGACGCUGGUAAAGUCACGAAUUAUAAGCCAGAGUCACUAGGGCAAAUUAUGUUAGACCGGCUAGAGAAGCACAGCGAGGACUUUGAAUAGUUAGUCGAGCACAUAGAAAGCAAAAGCUUCCUUUUAUUGAAAGAGCUAGAUUAAAAGCUGUUUACUGCCUAAAUACAUGUUAUGUAACACUAUAAAAUACCUUCAAAGGUGUCUAUUGAGGAUGACAAAACUAAUGCAAGAGACAAGUAGAACGUAAGCAUAGGCCUCUCCAUGCAUUAUAUUGAUCGUGACGCCAUAUCUCAAAGAGUUUCUUGGAUUAGUUCCACGAAGCAAUUCGAUGGGCUAAAGACUUAAAAAUCGGUUUAUUAGAAUAAUUAUAAAUUGAUUUAGGUUUUUUCAAUUCUUGGGUGCAGAAAUUCUUACGGAGGAAAUUAUUCAGGUGCCAGAGCCUCGAAAUACAAGAUCUAUUAACGAAAAGGUAUGCCUCUUUCAAAUCGGAUUAGGUUCUGGUACUUUUUUAACAGGAGAACAAUAACUCUGUUUUUUCAUUGUAAACGCAAUUCUUUUUCUUGUGUUUCAUAAAAAAAUGUCUUAGCAAUGAGUUCCAAAAAGCUUUCUAUGUGGGUUACCAUCUUGCUUGUCUUGAUGUUAUCUGUUACACGCAUUUGGCUCAAUACUGAAAUUCCUGAACCGACGGCCAAAUUUAAGGACUUAAAAAUUCUUAGUUAUUCUUUAAUUUUUUGCAUUUUUUAAUAAAACUGAAAGCGAAUGGUGGAGAAACCUUGCUCGCAUAAAAAUGCUUUUAGUGCAUAGCCACGCCCCUAAAAUAAGCUUGAAGUAUUUUUAGGCCCUGAGCACAGAGCUCCUGAAGCAAAGUGGUAAAUACGGUACUGCUGGUACACUUGGGGUGGGGGGGGGGGCAGUGCCCAGGAAAGCUAAUGGCGACACUAGUUGCCGCUGAGUGGGAAUGGGUAAUAAGCGCAGUCCUUGGGAAAGUGUUAGACCACGCCCUUUCUUUGUCGCGGAAACCCAAAUUUUAUUUCAUUAUAACAAAUGCUUAUGGACUUAGUAGAGAUGCAUUAUUAUUAAUCCAAGACUACAAGGGCGAUUUCAACGGGUAAAAAUUAAUGUUAUUUUUAGCGAAUAAAAAGAAAUAAAAACGGGUGUUCCCCAAGGUUCUGUCCUUGGUCCCCUUUUUUCAACAAUUUUUUUAAUGGCAUAUUCAUAAACCUAGAUCAAAACAAACUAUGCAACUAUGCUAAUGAUAAUACCAUUUGGAUUGAAGGUACUGAUAAGGAGGACAUACCAGCUAAACUAGAACACAAAAUUAAUAUCAUAAACCAAUGGUUUAUAGACAAUGCUAUGCAGCUCAAUGGAGACAAAUGCAAACUUAUGAUGAUUUCAGCAAAUCCGAACAAUGUUGAAAAAUGAAGCUUUUAUGUAAACAGCCAAAUAGUUAAAGAGGAAGACAAAGUGAAAUUUAUAGGUGUAACAAUAUAGCAGGAAAAAUAUUAAUGCACUUGCAAGAAUAGCGCCUUAUUUAAACGAAGAUAAAAGAGAACUUUUGAUGAAAACAUUUGUUUUGACAUUUUUCAAUUACUGUUCCUUGGUAUGGAUGUAUUGUAUUACGAAAAACAAUAAACUUAUUAACAACAUUCAUGAAGAAGCAUUGCGAAUAGCCUAUAGCGAUUUUUCAUCUAGUUUUGAACAACUACUGCUCAGAGAAAAACACGGUUACAAUCCAUACAAGGAAUUUAAAGCAACUUGCAACAGAAAUUUACAAAACUAUUCAUCACGAAAACCCAAGUUUCAUGGAAGAUACUUUUAGCAUAACUGAAUCACCCUAUAACCUCAGGAGGGGCUGAUUUUCGCUAGAAGUAUGGAACUCGAUUCCCACAGAAAUGACCUCAAGCUCCAAAAUAAAAACCUUUAAAGCAAGUAUCAAAAUUAUGCUUGCGAUUUCUUGUUCAUGACGCAUUUGUAAGCCAUCUAUAAGACAAGUGGGCUAUAUAAAAUGAUAGGGAACUUACUUUAAAUUGAUGUAUCUUAUUAGUUAUUCGUCUAUUUUUGUUGCGUUGUUAGAUUCGGUUAUUGGUAAUAUAUUUAGUUGGUUUUAAUUAGCUUUAGUAUAGGUAGUAGUGAACGUUUACCAACUCAAAAUAAAGUGAAGAAAAAAACUCGAAAACUCGAAAACUCGGAAGAAAGAGUAAAGCAUAAGAGGCCAUGUAUAACUUGGUUAAGACCUUAUAUGUCGAGCAAAUUCAUAAGUCUUUAUUUAAUAAUUAUUUAAUUACGACAUCCAUUCAGUAUCAAUUAUAAAAAUUCUAAUUACAAAUUAAAGUUAAUAUUUUGACGUCAUCGUGUAACAAAUAAAGUGCAUUAAUAAAUACAGUUGAUAAUUUGAAUAAACGGAUUUAAAAACCAGUAAUGUUCCCUCCUUGGAUUCCUGCGGAAAUAUUUUUCUUCAGCUUAGGAAAUGACAUUUUAACCCAUUCUUAAACAGGGUUAUUGUAUUUGACUCUUUUAUGUGUUUUGGGAUAGAAUUCCAGGUUUUUAGACCAGUGUAAUUAUAAAUUUUUCUACUGAAGCAUAAAUUUAGCCUUGGGAUUUGGAGAUCAAUCUUGUUUAAUGUUUCCUGUACCAUACUUGCUUAUCGUGGAUCUUUCAGCAAAUUUAUCGUGCAGACUCUCAGGACAUAUCUUGUUAAUUAUUUUAAAGAUCUGAACCGACCGUCAAAUUGAAACAUCUGAUCGAUGUUAAAUGUUGGUCGAAUCAAAGAGUCCUUUGUUCUAGAUGCUUCAAUAAUGUCAAAGGGCUGAUAUUUAGCGUUCGACCUUCAAAGCAAAAUCAUAUUUUAUGUAAGCUUCUUUCAUCUUCCAGUAUAACAACGAGAUAAAAGUAAUUUGUAUAAUAAGCAGGCUUUUACUCUUACAAAAAUUAAUUCAACCAAAAAACAUGUUUUUUCAUUGCAUUUGAAUGUAAAUAUAACAUUCGGCUAAAAUGUUUCACUUCAAAGCCGUUUUUCAUGGAUACUUUAUUAUGACUUCAACAAUGUUUUGAAACUCGCCCUCAUCCUUCUUUAGGAUGUAAAACCGAUAUUUUGACUACCGAAGAUAGAAUUUCCUAUCAAUAUGGGUAAAUAUUUUUAAUUCGUUCUCUUGAAGCUUUUCCUGUGCGCCGGUGUUGUUUUCACUCUUUGAUUAGCUUCUAUUAAAGGUUUGUUACAACUCUUUUGCCAAGAUUCUUCCGAUGUAAGUUCUGAUGUUUCUAAAUGCA